AUGAGAAAAAGCCUGGCGUCGCCUGUUGGGCCACAGACGGCACUCCUUGCCAAGAGCAAGAGGCCCAGCGAAGAUCCUCUUGCGAGUGGCGAUCUUCAUAUGGUGAUUGCUAAAGAAACACUUUUCAGGACACAGCAGCAGCUCAGCCACACAUAUGAAGGAGACUCUCUCCAGCCUGCCUUGAAAGCAGUUGUGGAUCUCGUCCAAGAGGGAAUUGAAAUCCAAAACACGUUGCAGCCUUUUGUCACACAAAGUCUGAAGGAAACAUCCCAUAGGUCCGGAUUUCCAAGCCUAGGAGAGCAUGAGAGUGCGAUCACAAGCUUUUUUGUUCGCAUGUGCGGCUAUAGGGUCACUUUUGGAGAUUUUCAAGUACAACAAGAUCAGUUACAUCAGGAAUUGCGUCGCGUAUCUUUGGCCAGACACAGCCGUAAAAAUGGUAGACCUUCAAAGAGGUCUCGAAUAGAUGGACGUUUCAAGAUAUUUCUCGUAUCUGACGAUGUUGAUCAGACCAGCUUGGAGGGGAUAGAAGGAUAUGGCGAUGAGAGCCAUGUCCAAGAUGUCGCAGUAGCUAUGCGCAUUCUGAUGAGCGACUGGCAUCCAUACGACGAGUAG